AUGGAAUCUAUUUACUACCAGGCUCCCUUGAAAGCGUACGAACUUCGCAACAAGAACAAGGCUGAACUUCUCAAGACCCUUGAGGAACAAAAGCAGGAGCUUGCCUCCCUUCGUGUUCAAAAGGUCGCUGGUGGUUCUGCUGCCAAGCUUCACCAAAUUGGUGAAGUUCGCAAGAACGUUGCUCGCACCUUGACUGUCAUCAACCAAACCCAACGUGAACAGCUUCGUCUCUUUUACCAAAAGAAAAAGUACGUGCCCCUCGAUCUCCGUGUCAAGAAGACCCGUGCUAUGCGUCGCGCUUUGACUCCUUACGAACGUAAGCUCAAGACCGUCAAGCAACAAAAGAAGGAUGCCCACUUCCCCCUUCGCAAGUAUGCUGUCAAGGCUUAA